UGUCACGCGUCAUUGAGCAGAUUAUGUGUGGCAAACAAAAAGUGUGCGCCUGGCUGCCAGUCAGUCACUGCGUCGCGUCCAUCUGUACAACUCUCUCUCUCUCUCUGCGCUUCUCUCUCUCCCUCUCUCUCCCUCUCCUUCCUUUCUCCCCAUCUCUCUCCUCUUUUAAUUUAGGCAGCCCCUACCUGACACCAACCCCAACCCCUGCCUGACAUGGAAACGCACUUGACACAAUAGGCGGAGAAGCGACACACGACUCCCGGCGCGCGCGCCAGCGUCGCCUCCCGUUCCAGGUGGCCUCAGAAAAUUUUUUUGGGGGGGGACCAUCUCUCGGAUCCCGACCUCGUUUCUCCCCGUGAUGGAGGAUUCCAGCAUCCAGAGAGGCAUCUGGGAUGGAGAGGCCAAAGCUGUCCAGCAGUGCCUAACAGAUAUUUUCACCAGCGUGUACACCACCUGCGACAUCCCAGAGAACGCUAUAUUCGGCCCCUGCGUCCUGAGCCACACGUCCCUGUAUGACAGCAUAGCUUUCAUCGCUCUCAAGUCUACGGACAAGAGGACGGUCCCUUAUAUCUUCCGGGUAGACACCUCCGCGGCGAACGGUUCCUCCGAAGGCCUCAUGUGGCUGCGGCUGGUGCAGUCCGCCAGAGACAAAGAGGAGCAGAACCUGGAAGCGUACAUCAAAAACGGACAGCUGUUUUACCGCUCUCUCCGCAGGAUCGCCAAAGACGAGGAGCUGCUCGUUUGGUACGGGAAGGAACUCACCGAGCUGCUCUUGCUCUGCCCUUCCCGAUGCAUGGGCAAAAUGAACGGGUCGUCCUCCUACACAUGCCUGGAGUGCAGCCAGCAUUUCCAGUUCGAGUUCCCCUACGUGGCGCACCUGCGUUUCCGCUGCCCAAAGAGGCUGCACAGCGCUGACAUCGCCCCCCACGACGACCAGGGCGCCAAGGACCACGGGGGCGGCGGCGGCAAAGACCAGCAGCAGCAGCAGCAGCCGCAGGACGCGCCCCUGGGCCCCAAGUUCUGCAAAGCGGGCCCCAUGCACCACUACCCGGCCGCGCCCCCCGACGGCGCCAAUGCGCCCGCGGCGCCCGGAGGCGGCGGCGGCAGCAGCGGGGGCGCGAAGCCGUCCACGGACUUCCACAACCUGGCCCGGGAGCUGGAGAACUCGCGCGGGGGCCGCAGCUGCUCCCCGGCGCCCCCAGGCCUCGGAGGUGGCGGUGGCGGUGGCGGUGGCGGCGGCCACCAGGAUGCCGAGCUGGGUCCCGACAGCGGCGGCGGCGGCGGCAAAGCCAAGAGGAAGUUUCCGGAGGACGCGGCGGACGGCGGCGGCGCGGGGCUGGCGGGGGCGCGCGGUCGCUUCCCCGAGCGGCCCCCGCCCGCGUCCAAGGAGGACCUGGUGUGCACCCCGCAGCAGUUCCGCGCCGCGGGCAGCUACUUCGGGCUGGAGGACCACGGGGGCCGGCUCUUCGCCGCGCCGCCCAGCCCGGAGACGGGCGAGGCCAAGCGCAGCGCCUUCGUGGAGGUGAAGAAGGCGGCGCGCGCGGCGGCGGUGGCCGCGCAGCAGGACGAGGCGGCGGGGGACGGCGCGGGCGUCGCCAACGAGGACCAGGACGCUGCCGGCGGCGGCGGGGGUGGCGGGGGUGGUGGAGGCGUGGCGGAGGGGCCGCCACGCCGCAGCGCCUGCUGGCCCGCGGGCGCCCGGCGCGCGCUGCCCGGCCGGCUGGACGGCGAGCCCGCGCGGGGCAGCGCCUUCACGUCGGUGCCGCAGCUGGGCGGCGGCCGGGAACGCGGGGACCCGGGGCGCGCGGCACCGGCCGGGCGCCGGCGGCGCCCCGACGAGCGCAAGAGCGCCUUCUCGCAGCCCGCGCGCUCCUUCGCGCAGCUGUCGCCGCUCCUGCUGUGCCAGAAGCUGGGCGCGCGUGGACCGCCGUGCCACCCGGGCGGCGACGGCGUGGGCCCCACCAGACUGUACCCCGCCGCGCCGCCGACCCUGCGCUGGCCGCGCGUGAAGCUGCAGGCGCCGCGGGACCUGAAGCGGGGGCUUCGGGGCGCUGGCGCGGCGGCGGCGGCGGGCGCGGGGGCGGCGGGGGCUGGCUGCCAAGCAAGCCCGUUCCUCUACGCCACCGCCUUCUGGCCCAAGAGCUCCGCCGCGGCGGCUGCGGCUGCGGCGGCGGCGGCGCCACCACCGGCCCCCUGCAGCUGGCCGUCCGCGCUGACGCUGCUGCCGCCGUCCUUCACGUCGCUGUGCCUGCCCGCGCAGAACUGGCACGGUGCGCCCAGUGCAACGCCUCGUUUCCGCAUGACGUCCGACCUGGUACCACAUGCGUCGCACCACAAGAAGGAGUACGCCAUGGAGCCCCUGGUGAAGCGGCGGCGGAGAGAAGCUCAAGUGCCCAUCUGCAACGAGUCGUUCCGCGAGCGGCACCACCUGUCCAGGCACAUGACCUCGCACAACUGA